AUGAAUGCUUGCACCGAGAAAGACAGAGCGAUGGCAUUUGUAGAGCCAUAUUUCGGCGGGCGCGCAUUCAGACCGAGGUAUUGCGCCACAAUAUCCCUGAGGGAACUCGGCGAAACUCCCAGUGUCUGGUUCAAAAAUCGAAGAGCGAAAUGGCGCAAACGGGAACGAAACCAACUACACGAGUUAAAGAACGGUCUCGGUGCUGGCUUCAACGGCCUCAUGCAGCCUUUCGAUGACGGCCUCUACUCAGGCUAUUCAUACAACAACUGGGCAGCAGCUAAAACCGCCAACCACCUGGGUACCAAGAGUUUUGCGUGGUCAUUGAACACGGUGAACCCAUUGUCGAUGACCAGCCAACAGAUGUGUUUCAACCCCCCACCGACCACGCUGAGCUCGACUUUCUCUGCCGCGACCCCUGUCAACGGCGUUGGCCAAGGGUUGAACUCUCUCAACAACGCCGCAGCCGCUGCAGCCGUGGGCGCCGCCAGCUACCCUUACGGUUCACCGCCUGGAGCGCCGCCGUAUAUGUAUCGUGAGCCAUGUACAAACAGCAUUGCUUCACUUCGCCUCAAAGCCAAGCAACAUCAUUCCUCCAACGUACCCGGUUUGAGCUACCCAGUCCGCCAGAGCCCCACGCUUUCAGCUUGCCAAUACGCUGGUCUCAACGGUCCCGCAACAUGAGACGCUCAUCAAACAUUGCCAGAAACUUUUUUUCCUGGAAAGCAGGACGCUGAAAGAAAGAUCAACUCGAACUUCUAGAAAGAAAAAAAAAGU